CUUAUCCAUGGCCAAUACCACAGUCAGCGGAGCUCAGUCGAUUCACGGUCAGAAUCCCCAGUUUUUAGUUGAAACUGUUAUUCGAAAUCGUAUCUGGGAGUCAAUAUUUUGGAAGGAGCACUGUUUCGCGCUCACCGCCGAAAGUCUGAUUGAUAAGGCUAUUGAAGUGAACUAUAUUGGGGGCGUGUAUGGCAACCAGAGGCCCACCGAAUUUCUGUGUUUGCUCCUCAAGUUAUUGCAAAUCCAACCCGAGAAGGAGAUCCUCAUCGAAUACAUGCAAGCUGAAGAGUUCAAGUAUCUUCGGGCCUUAGCAGCAUUCUAUGUGCGCAUGACGUUCAAGCCAGUCGAGGUGUAUGAAUUGCUAGAGCCACUACUGAAAGACUAUCGAAAAUUACGAUUACGCAACAUGGCUGGAUAUAAUCUGACUUUCAUGGACGAGUUUAUUGAUCAACUGCUCACGGAUGAACGAGUCUGUGACAUCAUUUUGCCGCGCUUGACGAAGCGCGGUGUGCUGGAGGAGAAUGGAGAUAUAGGUCCGCGCAGAAGUCGAUUGUUGGACGCUAUGGAGGGCAAAAGCGAACACGGGAGUGAGCGUGAUGACAGCCGAACUUCUAGUCGAGGUCGCAGCCUCAAUGGGAGUGAACGCACAGCGUCCGACGCAGGAUCACGCUAUGUUUCGCGUAGCCCAACUCGUUCGAGAUCUCGCUCAGACUCUCCCGGUUAUCGCUCGAGAAGUCGAAGUAUUUCGCCAGAUCGAAUGGAUACCGACCCAGCGUAGGGGAGAGACAGUAUACGUGUAUUGUGCAAAAGGAUUAAGCAUCAUCUUGUUUCACGA